GCCGCUCUGAGGCCGGUGGGGGGGGGGUGGGGGGGGGUCUGUCAUAUGACGCUGAGUGAGUGACGUCAACGAGGUUAUAAGUACCGGUCUCGCGCAGCCAGCCUGCAUUGUGUCUGUGCGUAAAGAGCCGGAGAGGAGAACCCACUGAGACCAGGACCCGGACCCAGUGAAACCCCGACUCAGUGAGACCCGGACCCAGUGAGACCCGGACCCAGCAACAGCUGUGACAUCAUGGAGGUCACUGCAGAAGCCAAGAGGAUCAUGGUCGUGGCUUUGGGGAAACUGUACAGCUCGCGCACCCAGAGAGGGGGUCUCCGUCUCCACCGGAGUCUCCUCCUGACUCUGGUCAUGAAGUCCGCCCGGGACCGGUACCACGAGGCCCAGCACGAAGCCCAGCAGGAGGAGGAGAGGGUCGCAGCAGCAGCAGGAUGUGGACUACAGGAGGAGACCGAGGAGCUCCUCCAGGGUGCACCGGAGCUCUGCAAAGGACAGGACUCCAGAGGACAGGAUUUGGAGCUCUGUAGAGGACAGGACAUGGAGGACAAGGAGAACCUGGUCCCGGCGCAGCAGCCCUCGAGGAAGAGACGAGGUAAAGCGGCCGUGGAGCCGGAGCCGGACUUCCUGCCCUGCAAGAAAGCCAAACUGGACUGUCCUCAGCAGCAGCAGCAGCUCCUUGUAGCCUCGGUCCUGCUGGACUAUGUUUUGUGCAGCAGUGAGCUGGGAGGACCGACCCAGACCCCCAUCCCUCUGCAGAGAGCCGUGGCAGCCUGUUGACACCGUGCGUAAAACAGAGACCGUGCGUAAAACCGUAAAGGUGAUGAACUCUUGGACACGGCCAGCAGGGACGCUCCUACAGGGUCUAGGAGGAGGGGCCUCUCCAACAGGAUGAAGACCCGGGGGGCGUCCUAAAAGUCCCGGAGCAGGACUGAACAUGUCGGGAUGUUGUUACCGGAAUCCCGGAAGCAGCUCAGCUGGUGGUGCUCAGCAGUCCUGGUGACUUUGGGCCUAAUUAUUGGCCUGCGGAUGGGCGAUAACAGACUUUGUUUAUGUAGAUACAACUGAACGAUACCGAUACUGAUCACUUCAUAAAUGGGGAUGGGAUUUUUUCAAGUUUAGUGUUAAAUUGUACAGAUAUACUACUGAGCCAGGCUGUGCUGAGCCAGGCUGUGCUGAGCCAGGCUGUGCUGAGCCAGGCUGUGCUGAGCCAGGCUGUGCUGCAGUACAACAGGACACUCUGAAUCACUGAACUGAAAAAUAGAAAAAUAAUCUGGCUACUGGCUCCAAAAAGAUCUGAGUCUGUGGAGAAAGUAAAUGACACAUACCGGCCAUUAUUGACAAAAGUACUGUUAAAUCAAAAUGUUUGUGCCACUAAGUGACCUUAUAUGACCUUCAGGGUGUUUUGUUUUUAAAUGUUUGAACUCCUGUUGCUGUGUUUGACACUUUAUGAUGUCACAAAUGGUUCAUCUUUUAUCUGCAGUAUGUCCGGGCUGUUUUUGGCACAAACAUUAUACAAAACGUUUAGAGGUGAUGCAGCCACCCAUAUGGUUUGUAUUUAUACAUCAUCAUGGUAUCAUAGAUCCGCCCGUCCCCACUAAGGACUGCUUUCAGAGGUGGAACACCUCGAUGAACAUUUACCAGCUGAACAAAUGUCACAUUUAGUGAGUGUGGACCGGUGCUGACUGAAGAUGUGUUGAUGAGUUCAAGUGUAACACAUUCAAUGACGACUACCUCAGUAUUUAUUAAACCUCUUUUUGUACUUAAAGU